AUGUCGUCCUGGGCGGAAAGCAAGUCACAAAAUCGCAGUCUACAGAUUCUCCAAGCCGCGACUGAGGGCAAAUAUGGAGUUCUCUCCGUGGUCAUCUACAAUGUUGAGCAUCUCACUGCCGUUGUUCGCGCAGCAGAGGCCAAGAAAUCGCCUAUGCUGAUUCUCUUGUUCCCCCUUACUGUCAAGCAGCUCCCGACUCUCCCAUGGGCCGUCGCCGCUGCCAUCAAGUCAGCAAAGGUCCCACUUGCCCUGCACCUCGACCACGCCCAAGACGAACAGCAAAUCCGCGACAUCGCAGGAACGCUGCCAUUCGACUCAAUCAUGGUUGACAUGAGCCACUACGAUCAUGAGGAGAAUCUCGCCAAGACCAAGGUUCUGACAAGAGUCUGCCACGACCACAACAUUGCUGUCGAGGCGGAAAGUGGACGCAUCAACGCUCUUUUUACGAGCCCUGAAGAGGUUGAAGAUUUCAUCGAUGCCGAGAUUGAUCUCUUGGCACCCAGCAUCGGCAACAUUCACGGAGACUACGGUCCCAAGGGCCCUCAACUCGAUUAUCAGCGAUUGACAAAUGUCAACAAGCAAAUCAACAACCGCGUCCUCAUGGCUUUGCAUGGCACCAAUGACUUCAGCCCAGAGAUCAUGAGAAAAUGCAUCGACAACGGCGCCAUCAAGUUGAAUGUCAAUAAGCUGCUUCUGGAGGUUUGGAAUGUCCACCUGAGGGAGAACGCCAAUAAGCCACUGACGCAAUUGAUGGAGGAUGGGAUGACCAUCUUGCAGAAGGAGACGGAGAGAUGGAUCGAUAUUUGCGGCAGCGCAGCAAAGGCGUAG